UAUGUCCCGCCCGUGCCCGCCGUUUGCCGUCACUGGGCGUCUGGUGUGUUCACGGGGCAGAAAAGCCUCCAAGGAGUUCACGUUCUCGGCCUCAACCUGCUGAGAUUUGUUUUACGACGCGUCCCACGAGUUGAGCUUCUUUAACUCGAGGAGAUCUCAGCCCUGCUGAGUUAAUGAUGCUAACCAUAGGAGAUGUUAUUAGACAACUCAUUGAAGCCCAUGAACAGGGGAAAGACAUCGACCUGAACAAGGUGAAAAACAGGACAGCUGCCAAAUACGGCCUUUCAGCACAGCCCCGCCUGGUGGACCUCAUUGCCGCAGUCCCACCUCAGUAUCGAAAGGUUUUGGUGCCCAAGUUAAAGGCAAAACCCAUCAGAACUGCUAGUGGGAUUGCUGUUGUAGCUGUGAUGUGCAAGCCCCACAGAUGUCCACACAUCAGUUUUACAGGAAAUAUAUGUGUGUACUGCCCCGGUGGACCUGACUCAGAUUUUGAGUAUUCGACCCAGUCUUACACGGGAUAUGAGCCAACCUCCAUGCGAGCUAUCCGUGCUAGAUAUGACCCUUAUCUACAGACAAGACACCGAAUAGAGCAGUUAAAACAACUUGGCCACAGUGUGGAUAAAGUGGAGUUCAUCGUGAUGGGUGGAACAUUUAUGGCCCUUCCAGAAGAGUACAGAGAUUACUUUAUUCGAAAUUUACACGAUGCUCUAUCAGGACAUACGUCCAACAAUAUUUACGAGGCUGUCAAGUAUUCUGAGAGAAGCCUCACAAAGUGCAUUGGAAUCACUAUUGAGACCAGGCCAGAUUAUUGUAUGAAGCGGCAUUUAAGUGACAUGUUGACCUAUGGUUGCACCAGACUGGAGAUUGGGGUGCAGAGUGUCUACGAAGACGUGGCCAGAGAUACCAACAGGGGCCACACCGUGAAGGCCGUGUGCGAGUCCUUCCACCUGGCCAAAGACUCCGGUUUCAAAGUCGUGGCUCACAUGAUGCCAGAUCUGCCAAACGUGGGGCUGGAGAGAGACAUCGAGCAGUUCACGGAAUUUUUUGAGAACCCUGCUUUUCGUCCUGAUGGUCUGAAACUCUACCCUACCUUAGUGAUUCGCGGAACUGGACUUUAUGAGCUGUGGAAGUCAGGGAGAUAUAAGAGUUACUCUCCCAGCGACCUAGUCGAGUUGGUGGCUCGGAUCCUGGCCCUCGUGCCUCCGUGGACGCGAGUGUACCGCGUGCAGAGAGAUAUUCCAAUGCCCUUAGUCACCUCAGGAGUAGAACAUGGUAAUCUGAGAGAGCUGGCGUUCACAAGAAUGAAAGACCUUGGCAUACAGUGUCGUGAUGUGAGAACCAGGGAGGUUGGAAUCCAAGAAAUUCACCACAAAGUACGGCCAUACCAGGUAGAGUUGGUGAGGAGAGAUUAUGUCGCGAAUGGCGGCUGGGAGACGUUCUUGUCCUAUGAAGACCCGGAUCAGGACAUUUUGAUCGGCCUCCUGCGGCUGCGGAAGUGUUCAGAGGAAACUUUCCGCUUUGAGUUGGUGGGAGGCGUGUCCAUCGUCCGGGAGCUGCAUGUGUACGGAAGUGUCGUCCCUGUGAGCAGCCGUGACCCUACUAAGUUCCAGCAUCAGGGAUUUGGCAUGCUGCUGAUGGAAGAAGCAGAAAGGAUAGCGAGAGAUGAACAUGGAUCUGGGAAAAUUGCUGUUAUCUCAGGGGUCGGCACCAGGAACUACUACAGAAAGAUUGGCUACAGGCUACAAGGCCCGUACAUGGUCAAGACGCUGCAGUAACGCCCGCACGGCCACCUGGCUGCAUUUUCCCACCGGCGAAGAGAGACGGGGGCUCCUGUGUACUCGCAGAGGCUGAGCCUCGCCAAGUGCCCACCCCGCUGCCUGGCCAGGAGACAGGGACCUGCCUCCAGGCCGCCUCCCCUGCCAUGUCCUCGGGCACCGCUGCAGCUUGAGGCCACAGUCAUUACCCAGUUUCCAUGUUCUGCACGAGGCCUACAGUGACAAAUGCAAGUUAAUCAGCCCAUUUGGACACCAUAAUUCAUGGCUGUUGUCAUCUGAGGCGUAAACUUCGGAGUUCUUUAUUUGUAUACCGUGGGGCAGGUAGUCAGCUUAGACUCUGGCUGUAACCGCACGUGCCUCCCAGCAUGCGUUACAGAAACGCCCUUUCAGGUCCCUGUGCUGAUGCUGGAAGUAACUGACGGAGGUGGGGAGAGUUGAGGCGCCAGGCUUUGUUCAGGCGUGAAGCGGCCUUUCCCCUGCAGGAGCCCACCCACGCGGGGCCUUGACACACGCCCAUUUCCCAUUUCUUCUGUUUCUGCUGCCCGCCCUGGACCACUGCAAAAUGGUGUGGGCAGCACCGGCCCGCAAGGCAGAGUCUGACGCCCGCGUGUUGUGGUUCUCUGGCCGCGAGUCAGUAUUUGCUUCCAGACACCAUUCACCUGCGCUUGGUUUGGGCUAUUGGAGAGAGCUAAGGCAAGUCAAAUGAAAACAAAAAGAGGGGGCCUCCCCGGUGGCGCAGUGGGCUGAGCGCUGCGCUGUGAAGCCGCCCGCAGCCUCCGCAGCGCCGGUUCGAUCCCCGGCCAGCCAGGGAGAUUCCCACAUGGGAUUCCCAUAUGGCGCAGCAGACCCGCCUCAUCCACCGCUCCCCCCAACAGCGCCCUCGGCUCGCCUGCCCAUUGUGCCCCCCACCGUCUGAAUUCCCGCACCUGACUGUACCCCAGUUCUAUGUAUAAAUAAAUCUUUUUUAAAAAGAAUGAG